ACAGCCGCUCACUGGGGGUCGCGGAGGUCAGAGGUGAAAGGUCAGGAUGUGAACGCGCUCUCAGAGCCGGAGGCUGAGCAACGGGGGAAUGGCACACAUGGCGACUACUGAUAGGUUCUGCUUGUGAGAGAGAGGAAACCGGGGAGGCAACGAACGGCACAGAUAACGAAGGACACCACUUUGAUUGGGACAACACAUCCAUCCAAGGACAAGCCAAGCAGAGACAUGCACGAGAAUUCCUAGAAGCAUGGCAUUCCAACCGGAAUUCCAUCAACAAACACAUUGACUUGGAGCCAAUCUACCAUCCCCUGAGAAAAAGAACAGGAAAUGACAUCACCAACCCAAGGAAACCUAACCAGAUCGAAUUUAUGAAGCUGAAAGUGAAGGUUCCUGAAUGUAUAUCUGAAGAUGAGGCGAUUAAAUAAGAAGAGAGCAUUGAAUUUAGUGAAGGAGCUUGAUGCCUUCCCAAAGAUUCCUGAAAGUUAUAUUGAGACUUCCACGAGUGGUGGAACAGUUUCUAUAAUUGCCUUUACCACCAUUGCUCUAUUGUCUGUUAUGGAAUUUUUUGUGUAUUGUGACACAUGGAUGAAGUAUGAUUAUGAAGUAGACAAAGACUUUGCCAGCAAACUGCGAAUCAAUUUAGAUAUUACAGUUUCAAUGAAAUGUCAUUAUAUUGGCGCAGAUGUCCUGGACUUAGCUGAAACAAUGGUGGCAGCUUCAGAAGGGCUAAAAUAUGAACCAACUGUUUUUGAAUUAUCUUCACGUCAAAGAGUGUGGCAAAGAACACUUCAAACAAUUCGUAAAAAGGUGCAAGAAGAACAUUCUCUUCAAGAUCUUUUAUUCAAAAGUGCUUUCAAAGGAUCCCCUACUGUAUUGCCACCCAGGGAAGACAGAUCAUCUCAUCCACUUGAUGCCUGCAGGAUACACGGACACUUGUAUGUCAACAAAGUAGCGGGAAAUUUUCACAUAACUGUGGGCAAGGCGAUUCCUCAUCCUCGAGGUCAUGCACAUAUGGCAGCUCUCAUUAGUCAUGAUGUGUACAAUUUUUCACAUCGAAUAGAUCAUUACUCAUUUGGAGAACCAAUUCCAGGACUUAUUAAUCCACUGGAUGGAACAGAAAAAAUUGCCAUAGAUCAUAAUCAGAUGUUUCAAUACUUCAUCACAAUUGUGCCAACAAAACUUAAUACCUACAAGUUCUCAGCAGACACUCAUCAGUAUUCAGUCACAGAAAGGGAACGUGUAAUAAACCAUGCAACAGGCAGCCAUGGUGUUUCAGGUAUUUUUAUAAAAUACGACAUCAGUUCCUUGAUGGUCACUGUGACUGAGCAGCACAUGCCUUUAGGACAAUUCUUAGUGAGGUUAUGUGGAAUUGUUGGAGGAAUAUUCUCAACAACAGGCAUGCUACAUGGAUUUGUGGGGUUUUUUGUUGAUAUUAUCUGUUGUCGCUUCAGACUUGGAGCUUAUAAACCUAAAUCUGUCCCCACACUCGAUGGUCACAUGAAUAAUCACUCCCUUCCAAUUUUAGAUGAUGUUGAGCACUAACAUCAAGUGGAGAUGUUCAAGAAAUAAAAGCUCUUUGUUGGAUUUUUCCUCAAUUUUAAAUGUGCAAUAAAACAUUUUUGAGUUGCACAGCCUUUGUUUAAAUAAAUCAUUAGUUAAAUUCUGGUCUCUUAACUAUUUCAGUACCAGUCAAGACAUUAUCUGUCAAGUCAUAAUAUUACCAUUAUAUGAUGAACUGGCUAUUAAAUAAUCCAGUGUCUUCAUUUAAAAUAAGGGGAGAAUAAUCAGUAUUUGUGGUCAUACUUCAAGCAGAUGAGAUGACUAGAAAUCUGGCUUGUGAUUUAUUUACACUAUACAAUUUAAUUUGUGAUGGUAUAAAUCCACCAAAAGGAUUUGUUUUUACAAUUGUAUGUGAACUUCUAAAAUGUGUGUAUGCAGACAGGAUUGUCCCAGAAUCUUUGUUGCAUUAUAGGAAUGAAUGAAUGAAUACAGGGUGUGGUCCUGUGCAGGGUGAUCCUGUCACAAAAUCAUCUGUGUUAAGAAUAAAAUAUUGGAAGACACUCUAAUGCUUGACUGCUUAAAGGCAAUAAUGUUAAUAGUAAGAAUAAACAUUAGGAGCUUGCUGUGCUCCUAAUUUCUCCUCUUGUAAAAUAGUUUUCCUUCACUUGUAUCGGCAAAAAAUAAUUGUCUCUGAACUGAGAAUCUGAAAUUUAAUAUUUCAGAUGCAUUGGUCUAUCACUGACCCCUUCUGGUUAUGGCUGCUAAAAGCAUCUAGUUCUAUUCAGCCAGGUGAAUUAGAACAGCUGCCUUUCAAUUAUAGAUUUUUUUUUUCUAAAUGUUUCUAGUGUUCUUCAUUUUGAAAAAAAAAGUAAGAGUAGGUUGGUGAUUUAACAAUGCAUGUUUUCUUUUCCUGUCAGGGUUCUAGAUUUUUGUAUGUAUGUGAACCUUGAAGUAGCCAUAAAUCAGAUACUUAAGCAUUUGCAUUGAUACCUAUGUAGAAUCCCUCCCGUCAGUUAGGAAGCAGUGUAUUUAGUUCCCCAAACAGAAUAAUAGAUAAUGAUGAACUAAAUAUGGCUGUUCGAACAGGUGUAACUGAGAGACUGGAAAACAUGGAUGAGCCAUUGUAUUCUGCGUAAUAUGAUUAUAAAAUCAGGACUAAACUAAGUGUUCUUUUUUAAUUCACGUCACAGAUUAACCUGUCUCAAUGGACUAUCAUCGUCAGUUUAGAGCUAUUUACCCUCUUCACAAGGAAACUGGUUGGUAUCAGUCAUUAGUGAUAAUGCAUUUGAGACUCCAUGAUUGUCAUGGAAGCUGAAGCACAUUUUACUGCUGUAGCUAAAAAGAAAAGCUGGUCAGCUUUGUAGUUUCUAGUUACAUAUACUUUUCUUUCUACUUUGUGAUACCUGUGGUGAAAGAAAUUAAGUUUUGCACAGAUAUAACGUGACUGUAUUGCAGACUUUAGUAACAGCUGGUAUUUAAUAAAACUACGAGAUUAAUUUUGGAGAUAUUUAAUUUAUUUUGGUUUAGUAUUGACAAUUGUCAUGGGAGAAGCUAAAAAAUAAUGAACAAGGACAUAUAUAUAUUUUUAGCUAACAAUGUUCACUAUGCAUCUUUUUUUUAAGUCAGUGUAGUAUUUAUACAUGUGUAAUCCCAAUACAACUCAACCUUUGCUAAUGUGCAGUAAAUCAGGACAUAAUUACUGUAUUCACACUAGAAUAUAUGACCUGCACAUUUUGUCAAUCUUAAAUCCUGCACAGUUUCAAUAUAGAGCAGGAGCACCUACAGAGUUUCUGUUGAGUUUUGCUUUAAAUAGCAAACUUAAGGCUCAUUUUAUCUUAUCCUUCAUGAAGUGUAGGCUUAACUGAUCACUCCUGCUGCAAACAUAACCAAAUUUGGUGUUAUUUUUCUGUUUCAAAUACAAAAUAUUCUUCAGCAACAAAUUUGUUUCUGGUGCUGUCUUAAUUAUAUUCUUAUUAGAAGGAAAUACUUGCAACCACCUGUACAAGUUAUCUUAUUUAACAGAAUUUUUUUAAAAACUCAGUGUAAUACAGUAACAAUUUUUAAAAAUAUGUCCCUAGUUCCUACAUGCAUGAAGUUGUAUGAUUCAGAAGAGUUAAAUACGUCAAAAUGCAAAGCAAGGCAACAUACUUAAUGUUGUAUGCUGAAAGUAACUGGAUACCUUAAUACUAGCUUCGAUAUCAAAGUGCUGGAUUGGUACAAAAAGAUUACUGGGUCAAUUUGAAAAUGUCCCAUUUCUGACUUUUCAAUUUCACCUGCAAGAUUUGGUAGAUGCAAGGACAGGCAUUUCAAAAUUUGUGCAAAUUCCAUUUCUAUCAGAUCAAUAGGAUAGCUGAAGUGAGAGUGCCUGUUCUUGGCAUUAAGGCAAUAUUUGUGCAUGAUGCCAGAAUUGAAGUGAGCAAAGAUCAAGGGUUAUGUCUUCAAUGAUUAAUUAUGCCUGGUACAGAAGAAGAUGGUUGUGGUUCUCGGAGACCAGUCAUCUCAGCCCCAGAACGUCACUACAGGAAUUUCUAAGGACAGUCUCCAAGUUGCUUCAGUUUAAAUGCCAAGCUGUUCUGAUUGCAGUGUUCAGUUGCAUUUUCAACUUCUUAUAUAAUGAAACAGCUCAUACACACAUGCAGGAAGACCUAAAUGGCACACUUAAACUAUAAUUGGUAAGCAGCAUUCAUGUUAUGCAAGUGUUGGAAAUAACUGCAACAAGAGAAAACCCAAUAAUUAUCAUCAACUUACCAUCCCAAACCAUCAUUCUGAGGCCACAAUUGACCAGAAGUAUAGCUAGUCUUGCUACAUAAGUGCUAAACAGUGGUUAAAUAUUCUGAUGCUCUACAUGUAAUUUACUAAAGUUAUUCCAACUCUUCAAAGGCAGUAAUCUGAAAUGCUCUUCACUUGUGUGAAUGGGCACAGACAGAACACUCAAAGGCAAAACAUCGUAAUAUCUAGGAUGAAAGACUGCUUGAUUGGCGCCACCAACCACUAAACUUCCGUGACACAUACACUAUAGUUGCAGUCGUAAUAUUUACAGGGUGUGCUUCCGCAACACCACCUAAACCUGUGACUACCACCUUGAGGGACACAGCCAACAUGUGAAUGGGAACAUAAAGCCAAUUCUCCAAACACAGCCUUGACAUGUACCUCCAAGGUCAUGACUGUUUCUCGGUUUAAUCUUCAAUCUCCCCACCUCCUUAUUUAGAAACAUCUUUACCACAUGGACUGCAACAGUUCAAGUAUGUGACCUAUCAUCACAUUUUAUAGGGCAACUAAGAAUGUCAGUAAAGGAUAGCUUGGCCAGUAACAUCAAGCAUAAGUCAUGCCCCAGUGAAGCUUUAACGGGUGUCUGACCUGGGAAUCAGAAGUUAGUUUACUGCUAAUCUAAAUUUAUUCUAAGUCUAAAAUUAUUUGUGGAGGACAGAAACAAAGUGCUCCAUGAUGAAAGGUACAACUUCUUUUGUCCUCAAUUCCAGUCUUUUCCAAGCCACUAACCUGGAUGGUGGCACAAUUGUAGCCAAUCUUUGCUGUCACUCACCUGAUGUAAUCAUCAUACCUGUUCUCUGAGAUUCAAAUAGCAAUUAAAUGAGGCUCAAUAAUUAAAAUCUGCUUGGCAUUGCACUACAUCAUCUGGGUGCAAAAUCAUCUAAUUGGGGCAGCUUCCAGAAACUUGCUUAAAGUUAAAACUGACUUCAUGAAUUAUUCUGCAGUAAGGUGGAGGGAUUUUACUUUUCUUUUUUCAUUCAAUUAGGAGACCAGACAAAGACACCCUUGGUUUUUUUUUUACCAAUGACUUUUCUCCAGAAGACUGCUUUAAAACAUCUGUAGGCUUGUGGCUCAUAAAGAUUAGCAGAUAUAAGUCCACAUUAUACAACUCUCCAGAAUUCAGCCAAUGACCACCAAAUUGCUACCUCUUUUCUAGCAUAUUAAUCUGUAGUUUUGUGGUUAAAGUUAUUAGCUUAUAUUACAAUUUACAAUAUUAUUAACAUAUCAUUUUUUGUAAUCAGUAGUUUGUAAUCUUUGUCAUGAAAUUAAUUAGAUUCCACAUUUUAUGGCGUAUACCUGCUGACCACAUACAUUGUAAUAGGUUAUGAUUUGGAGCAAAAGGGUCUCUUGUAGAGUGGCAAUGCAGUUUUUCUGAAGAUUUCAUGGAUAUUUAGCAGAAUUGCUGCUUUUGAAUUGUUUAAUGUGUUAAAAGUUUUGAAACUGUUCUCUAAUGUUUGAUAAUCACAAUUUUUAAAAAAUUUUCUGUUUUAAUUUAAAUGCAAUUAAAGAAACAUCUCCCAAA